CGUCUCCCAAUUUUUUUCCCGUACGUCUCUCUCUUUCUCUCUCGCCCUGUUUUAAAUUCGACAGAUUCUUGCCUGGAUACCUCAUUUUGUUUUGACCAAUCCUUUUUUUCUUCGAAUUUUAGGGAGGUGUAGAAGGAGCAGUGUAAAAUGAAAGAAACGGAGAAUCUGGAAUUGUGUUUUGAGAAGAUGAUGGUGGAGAAUAUUGGUACUAAGAGUGGUGGUGAAACGAGUCGAGGGGUGAUUAAAAGCGAGUGGAAAGACAUACCAGUGGAGCUUUUGCUGAGGAUUUUGUCUCUGGUGGAUGAUCAGACGGUGAUUGUAGCAGCUGGGGUUUGUCAUGGAUGGAGGGAUGCGAUUUCUUGGGGCCUCACUCAUCUUUCCCUUUCCUGGUGCAAGAAGAAGAUGAACGAUCUGGUUCUAUCACUUGUUCCAAAACUGCCAAAACUGCAGGUUUUAAUUCUCCGACAAGAUACACCACAGCUUCAGGAUGAUGCUGUUGAAACAAUUGCUAGUUACUGUCAUGACCUUCAAGAGCUGGAUCUCAGCAAAAGUUUCAGGCUCACUGAUCGUUCCUUGUAUGCAUUAGCACGUGGUUGCCCAAAUCUGAUCAAGCUGAAUAUCAGUGGGUGUUCGGCCUUCAGUGAUGCUGCUCUUGCGUACCUCUCUGGGUUUUGCAGAAAAUUGAAAAUCUUAAAUCUAUGUGGAUGCGUUAAGGCUGCAUCCGAUAGGGCAUUGAGGGCCAUUGGAUACAAUUGCCAUCAAUUGCAGUCUUUGAAUCUCGGGUGGUGUGACCGUGUUGGUGAUGAAGGAGUAAAGAGUUUAGCAUACGAUUGCCCUGAUCUCCGAGCUCUUGACUUAUGUGGCUGUGUUCUUAUAACAGAUGAGAGUGUAAUUGCACUGGCAAACCAUUGCCUUCACCUAAGAUCCCUUGGCUUAUACUACUGCCAGAGUAUAACGGAUAGAGCAAUGUAUUCCCUGGCACAGAAUCGAGUGAAGAGUAAGCAUGAGGUGUGGGAGUCUGUGAAGAAGGGAUACGAGGAGGAAGGGCUUACGAAUCUGAACAUCAGUCAAUGCACAGCCUUGACACCUCCCGCAGUUCAGCUAUUAUGCGACUCAUUUCCUGCCCUUCACACAUGCCCUGGUCGACAUUCACUGAUUAUAAGUGGCUGCCUGAGUUUAACGUCUGUGCAUUGUGCUUGUUCUGUCCAAGCACACCGUGCAGCCAGUUCAUUCUCUCUAGCUCAUUGAGUUGAGAAUCGUGGAAAAUCCCAAGUUUCCAUUUGCUGGGUGAAGAGAGAAGUUUGGCCUUGUGUAUAUUCUUCUUUGACAAUCAAGAAAGUCAUCUGCUUGUCUUUGCCAAUGUUCUGGCAGUAGAAGUAAAAAAAUAAAAUCGUUUGUUUGUUUUGUUGUUUUAGACUUCAAUUCCCUGUGUAACUUCACAAAACUCCUGAAUCUUAUUUUCGAAUUGUUUUAUUUAACGUUCAAAUGUUGAGUUGCAGAGAUUAUUGCUUUACACAUGAAAUAAAAACAGAUGAGAAAAAACAUAA